UUUUAUAUAAGUAUAGAGAGAGAGAGAAAAAAAAAGAUAUUCCUAUUCGCUAAAUCCGCUUCGUUAAGAAAUUCCAGACUUUGUUUUGUUCGUUAUAAAGAACAGCUGCUCCUCCGGGUUCUCCCCUUACAAUACAUAAUAGUUAUGAGGCAGUUAUCUUAUCUUGGAAUCCUGCUGAGAAGAAGUGUUGUCUCCAAGAUGGCUAACCGACCUGUCAGCACCUCCAGCUAUGCCAUGGUGAAGGCUAUUGAAGACCUUGAGACAAAUCCGUACUUCAACAAAUAUGCAGAGAAAAUUGCCAAGAUGCAGAAAGCUAAACCAGAGGAGUUUUUGGAGAGAUACGCAAAGGGAAAAGAAGUCAAGGAGAGCCAGCCGGGGGGCCACGAUUUUUCCAAAGUAGCAGAGAAACCCAAAGUAGUCUUACCAAAGGCUGCAUAUUCUCAUGCUCCUGAUAAGUCCUGGAUAGUAUUAUGAAGACAGAGCUGUUGAAGGACAAAACAAAUGAAGAAAUAGAAUAUAUUUGGAGAGAUACAU